CCCACAAUUUUCUGCUAAAGAAAAAGCAAAAGGAAACGAAGCAAAAGGGUCGAGGCCCACAGGAUCGACGGUGUUCUUGCUUCGUGCAUCUGUGCAGUGACUCAUUGCGUUUAUCUGUGGCCCUUUUCUCAUUCUCUCUCUCUUGCUGGAAUAUAUUUGCAGCCAGUCGAAUGGUGACACAGGGAGAGAAACAGACAGAUUUAGCAGUGAGUCAUUACUCGCUUAGUUCUAAAAAUUUAUCAACUGGAGAAAAUUUUCUCUUUAUGCAGCUCGAUUUCUCAACAGCCCAUUUGUUUUCAUGCUUAUUUGAAUUUGAAUUUGAAUUUUCCUGUGUAUAAACCAUCGGCGAUGAUUUUGAGUUGAGGGGAUUAACCAAAAAAAAAAAAAAAAAAAGAGAAAUGGCACCGAAGAGGAAGGUAGAGCUCACUGCCAUUGAUGAGAGUGACGCUGCAUUGUACCCCGUGUUCCGCAAUGCAGCCAAUGACCUCUCUCAGCUCUACAAUCAAGCGCUCAGUCUGCAGAAGACGGUGUUUGAGGCUGGCCAAAGACAUGCUCUUGAGACUCUGAAUGAAUGGAUGGCACGAAAACUGCAAGAAGGAAUUAUGAUCACUGUAGGUGAUAUAUAUGCAUACCUGCAGAAUGAGCUGAACGAGACCCCGCCUGUUUCUCAGCCUCAACAGCCAUGUAGUGGCAGAUCUCACCAGAGUGGUGCAUCCCAAAGUGGGCAGGUUGAGGUGAAUUUAUCUUCCUCUUCUUCUAUGCAGACUCGAAAUGCAGAUGGAAAGGCAUUUGAUUCUCAUGAUAUGGAAAUGGUGAUGAACAUGGACGAUCCUAUUCAUUAAUGCCCUGAAGUUCAUUGCUCACCAUGCUGUAGUGUUGUGUGCAUCUUAAUAACAAUAUCACAAGUUUGGAUAAUUCUGUCGUCUGUCAUCUUGUUUGGUAUUAGCAAUCUCUAUGAUCUGGGUCUUGUUCUUAAACGGUUCGUCGCUCGAGAAAUACCUAUGUAUGGUUUAUGACUUUGAUACUAUACAUGAACCAUGGUUAAUGGAAUGUGAGUCAACUCAUCCAAGAGUUUUAGUAAUAUUUGAGGCUUUUGAGCCGUAGCUUUUGCUCUA